AUGAACUCAAUGUACAGCACUCCGGUUUAGACCUCAGGAAAAGCUAAUGCCUUAUACUACGAUUCUCCCUUCCAGAAUAGGACCAACUAAACUUUACAUUAAUCGCAAUCAUUUCCUUAUUAAGAUCAACAAAUGUCUCCAGGCAAGAUGCGCACACUGCACCCUAACUUUGAAUAGUAUAUUCGAUCAUUGGAAUAUGAAAAUGACCUAUUAAAGUCUAACUUAAAUCAAGUUUAGAUGAUCUAAAUUCCAGAGAGAAAUUAUCCCUACUACAAUGACUUUGAAAAUUAAUUUUAAGUUUAUUCACCUUAAUAAGCUCAGUAGAUGCAAUAGGCUUACAAUCCACAUCAGCGAAAUUACCAGCAGUAAUAGUACCAACAGCCUGAAAUUACAGCUUUUGAUUAAUCAAUGACCCAUUAAAUAUAUGAUGGAGUCCCAUUUUAAGAAGCUAGCUACCAACCACUUAAUCAAGUUAAUUAGACUGUACCUGAUUAUUAAGAUCCUUACGAUGCUCUCUACUAAUCAAGGCCUGCUAAAACUUCACAUUAAAAUCAUAGAUAACAAAAGAUUGAAUCGCCACUUAGAAAGUCUGACAUAUUAUUUGAGCGCAGAGAAAUAUUCCACAAUGCCCCAUCACCUUUUUUCCCUAAAUAAGAACAUCCAAGACAUUUAACUUAUGUUUGA